CUGCUAUCAUCUGGACAAAAAGGGAGACAGCAGCAGGAGCCCAGUGAACAAUCAAACAUGCUAUGGUCCACGCCACCGCCCCCUCAUGACAGAAAUGACCCGACCACGAGUGGACCAGGCAACGUUGCGGGAGGUGUGGGCCCAAUUGAAGUGCCUCUAGAAGAGCUUCGAAAGGGCUGUAGAGCUGAUCGGAGCUGUUGCCCCGCACACUCCCCCGCCACCGAUGACAACUCUCCGCUUGACAGUGCCCAGCCUGCUCUCUCCCGAGUCGGCUUCUGAAAGCCCCACUGCUGCAUCACACGCCACGGCCCAAGUCUGCGUGGGUGUGGUGCACGCCAGUACGCAGGGCACAGUGGGACCGGCCCCGCCGACAUCCGAAGGCCCAGCUCCACUGCCGCACGCCACGGCCGAAGCCUGCGUGGGUGCGCGCACCACUGCUGCUGCUUUCACGGGUGUGGUGCGUUCCACUGCGCCGGGCACAGAAGGUCCAAUCCUGCCGACGUCUGAAGGCCCAGCUCCGCUGCCGCACGCCAUGGCCGAAGCCUGCGUGGGUGCGCGCACCGCUGCUUUCCGCCCGGAUGCGGUGCACUCCAGAGCGCCGAAAACAGGGGUUCCUGCUGCGCACGCCACGGCCUUAGUCUGCGUGGGUGUGCACGUCCCUGCACCGGUCGUCACAGAGAUGCCUGCGCCCCCCGUCGUUCCCAAGCCUCCAGAGAUCCCCAGCGUUCCCAAGCCUCCAGAGAUCCCCGUCAUUCCCAAGCCUCCAGAGAUCCCCGUCGUCCUCAAGCCGUCGGCCACACAGCCUCCCGGCGCACCCAAGCCACCAGCCGAACCGUUGCCCUGGCUCUCAAUCUGCAGCUGUCCAGCACACUCAAGCUCCCUCAAUUCCCCAGCACCCCCGGGCCGACGUUUGCCACUCAGACCCUUAAACGGCCGCCCGCCUCCUGGUCGGCCACCAGAACUCUCCGUGUUUUUCCCCAGACCUCCCUUUGUUAGCCCUGUUUUGUUUUUGUUUUUUGUGGUCGUCUGGAAUCCGACCUUGAGGGGGAGGUGAUGUCAAGAUCCUCUGAGUUGUGGACCUGUUUCAGUUAAUUAGUUGAUUUACCGCACCUGCUGUUAAUGAUCCCCAGCCUGUAUUUAAGUUCUCUCUGUUUGUUUCCCCGUUGUGGGGUCAUUCUGUGUUCCUUCUGUAUGCUCCUGUGGUCUCCCAGUCGCUGCUCCUGCCUGAGUUUCUGUAAGUUUGCUUUCAUUAAAAUUCCAAUUUCACUAUGUUCUGCCUCCGCCUCGUUGCCGCCUAGGUCCAC